AUGCAAGAACAAAUUGACGAGGAUGAGAAGAGUGAUAGGAUGGAAUCUGACAUCGAGGAAAUGUUGCUGGAGCCACGAUUCAAAUAUUCCAGAAUUUUGAAUAAUGUGCCUGGAAUACUGAGAAAGGAUAUGGCAACUUGUAUGGCAAUACAUGAUAAGUUCGCUGCACUGGGUAGUCGUUCCGGAAAUGUAUAUAUCAUUGAUCAUUUCGGAAGCUUACAUCCAGAAAGUACAGCACGCCAUCAUCGAUGUCCCGUUACAAAAAUAUCGAUUGAUCCGACCGGAUCAUACUUUGUCAGUUGUUCGCAGGAUGCUCGAAUCAGUGUUGCAGGAAUUACUUCCUUCGAAUUUGCUCAAAUUAUAGAUUUAAAGAUAGCUGCACGAUCGGUAGCAAUAGAUCCGGACUUCACUAAACGUGGUUCAGGUCAUAUGUUUGUGAGUGGGGAACGGAAUUUGUUGCUGCAUCACCGAACAUUUUUCGGAAAUUACAGAGAAAAGAUAUUAUAUGAAGGUAUGGACUGUGAUGGAAUAAUUACACAAAUUUCUUGGCAAGGUUGUUGCAUUCUCAAAAUUUUGUUUUAUUUCCGAAAUGCGAACCAGUUAAUUGCAUUAGUCCAACCUACACAUGAAAAACAAUCAACAUUUGCAAUCAAAGUUCGUCCGUCUCACUGUUGGAUCAACAAUGAAACUCUGGCAAUCGGAUGGUACGAUACUGUUUCCAUAUGUAUGAUUAUCGGUUCAUCUGAUUCACAGGUAGUUUCAUCCAUCGAAAAGAAAGAAGUGGAAGUGCAUUAUGCUUGGAAAUUCGAUAUGUAUAUAGCUGAUAUUUCGUUCACUCUUAGUGAUGAUAAAUCUUGUUUCUGGAAGGAAAUAACAGUUUUCGGAAUGAAGAAGGCAGCCGUUGAAAAUAAUGAAUGUGAGAUGGUACUGGCAUUAUUGGAACCUGAAGAUUCAAGCACAUUUAGUUUGACCACCGAAGAUAGAAUUGAAAUGUGUACUUGUGAUCAGGGCAACCUGACUUUGUUCCAUAUGUCUUCUGUUCCACAUGAAAAUGUGUACUUUUUGCUUGGCUGUCAGGAAUUCAUUGAGGCUCAACCAUGUUCGGCCGAUGACCGAGUACGAUGGUAUUUGGAGAAUGACCUGCUUCGUGAUGCAAUGCAAUAUGCAAAUGAGCACAAAGCUCAACUUGAGCAUUUAGAUCCUGUCGAUAUUGGAAAGCGCUAUUUGAAUUCUCUCACUAAACAGAAACGUUUCGCUGAAGCAGCGGCAAAUCUUAAAGCAGUCUGUGGACGUCAGAAAGAUCUGUGGGAAUAUUAUGUAAAUGAAUUUGAACAGAAUAAUGUAGUCCUUCAGUUGGCAAAAUAUCUCCCAGUAAGGGAUCCCCAACUGGAACCGGAAUGUUACCAGUGUGUACUGAUUGCUGCAUUACAUAACCAUCCAGUUUUGUUUUAUAACCUGAUCAAAGUUUGGAAUCCGGAUUUAUUCCGAGUAGGUGCAAUAACGGAUAUGGCAAUGAAACGGAUUGUACAUGAUAAUGUAAAUCCACUAUCAGAAAAUGAUGCCGUAGCUAUUUAUCGAUCACUGGCUCGUCUUUAUCUGUAUGAACGAAAGUAUGAUAAAGCUUUGAUGCUUUAUAUUAUGUUAAACGAUAAAACUGUUUUCCAGGUCAUCGAGAAGUAUCACCUUUUCGACCUGGUUAAGAAUGAUUUAACAAAACUGAUGGCUAUCGAUACGAAUCUGACAAUACGAUUGCUGAUUGAAAAUGCCGGAAGUCUUCCAACAAAAACGAUUCUAACUCAGCUCGCAAUGUACCCAAAAUUGCAGUUGGCAUAUUUGAACACACUAUUUGAGAGAAAUGAAGGCGAAGAAUUUAUCGAUUUUGCCAUAAAACUGUAUGCUGAAAAUGAACCACAACUUCUUUUACCGUUCCUCCGAAAAACAGCAAUCUACGAUAUAGCAAAAGCCAUUGACAUCUGUGAAAAAAAGCAAUACAUCAAUGAGAUGGUUUAUUUGCUGGGAAGAAGUGGAAAUCGUAUGAAAGCUUUAGAUUUACUUGUAAAUAAGCUUGGUCGCAUUGAUAGUGCAAUUGACUUUUGUCGCGAAAACGAUGAUUCCGAUUUAUGGAAUUCACUAGUCGAUGCAGCUGUGAAACGACCGGAUCAUAUCAUGGAGCUUUUGAAUACUGCUGGAAAAUAUGUUAAUCCAUUAAAUAUUAUUGAGAAGAUUCCUGAACAGAUGAACAUCCCUGGUUUACGGAAUUUAUUGGUAACAAUUUUACGUGAUUAUGAACUACUUGUACAAAUGCAACGCGGCUCUUUGCAAGUAACAGAAGCCGACAGUAAUCAUCUUUUUGCAAAAUAUUUAUCAAAUCGUAAAUGUUCGACUUUUAUCGGUCUCGAGCAAUGUUGCAUUGUAUGCAGGAUAGCUGUACUGCUAGAACGCGAAAAGUCCACUGACUGCAGACAUGCGAAUUGUGACAUCAUUGUUUAUGAUUGUGGACAUUCAGCACACAUCCGUUGUAUAUAUGUCCCUCAUUCAGAUGGACAAACAGUUAUGGAGAGUAGAUGUCCCAUGUGUUAUGGGUUGCAUUUAUAUGGAAAACGUUAG